AGGUCAGGAGGGAAGCAAGGUAAAAUUCUGAUAAUUAGUUGACUGUUGAAAGAAGUCUGAAAAUGGGCCCCAGACAUUCUAAAGAAUCAGAGUUUGUAAAACGGCGGCCUGAGGCAAAAAUAAAGCUUUCUUCGUGUUUCCGCAAGGUCUAGUGACCAGAGCUGCUGAUUUCACCUGUGGCUUGGGUGAGUGAGUGGCAGAUAUGUGCCGUGAGCUUAGGGUCCCGCGUAUACAGAUGCAGGGAGGCCACGAAGGCGAUACCACCUUCGGCCGUGGUCCAGAGAUGGAGGUGAAGAAUUGGGGAGGGGGCGUCGGGAGGACGAUGGUUUCUAGUCCCAACUUGGGGCAGCGGUUUACAGCCAAAGGCAGGAACUAAGGGUGGGAGGAGUGUUCUGGGAAACGAAAGCGAAAGAGGCUUAACCACCGGGAUUUGGGCGGGACCUGCAGUCGGAGCCGGACGAGCGGAGGGGAGGAUGGCUGCGCCCGGCUCCUUCCCGCUGCUGGUCGAAGGGUCCUGGGGUCCCCAGCCCCCGAAGAACUUGAGCACCAAGUUGCAGAUGUACUUCCAGAGCCAGAAGAGAUCAGGAGGCGGGGAGUGUGAGGUCCGCCAGGAGCCGGGGAGCCCGCCUCGUUUCCUUGUGCUCUUCUACCCCGACGACGUUCGGCAGCAAGUUCUGGCGAGAGAGAACCACGAGUUAGUAUGGCCAGGAAAAGGAACAUUCAAGUUAACUGUCCAGUUGCCCAGAGCCACGGAUGAAGUCCAGGAGGGGAAAAUUCCAACAAUGGAAUCCAAGACCAAAGAACGUGUCAAUGAAUCAGAUGCAUCAGAAGAACUAGAUGCAAAUAUCUCUCUCAAUAGAAGAUCAGAAAAAAAGGAAGACACCCCAAAAGAAUGUGAAAAUAUUUCCUCUUUGGUUGCAUUUGAAAAUGUCAAGGCAAAUGUGACUGAUAUGAUGCUAAUCUUGUUAGUGGAGAACAUAAGUGGCCUGACCAAUGAUGACUUUAAAGUGGAAUUAAUACAAGAUUUUAAUGUUGCUGUAGUUACCUUUCAAAAAUAUACUGAUGCCCUGAAAUUUGUGGAUGAAUGUGUCAAGCACCAUUCAGUGAAAGGACUUCAGCUUUCUGCAAGACUUCUGGAAGUGACAAAAACAGUCCGAGUUGAAAACCUGCCACCUGGUAUUGAUGCCCAUGAUUUGAAAUGUUUAUUUGAAAAUCCUCAUAAUGGAGGGGGAAGAGUGGCCAGCAUUGAAUGUUUUCCUGACGAGAGUUCAGCACUGAUUGAAUUUUUUGACAGAAAAGUGUUAGACACCAUCAUGACCAAGAAACUUGACCUCAAUAAUAUGCCGCUCUCUGUGUUCCCGUACUAUACUUCUUUGGGCACAGCCCUGUAUGGACAGGAGAAGCCUCUGAUCAAGCUUCCAGCACCAUUCAGAGAAUCGCUGGAUCUUUCCUUAUGGAAGUUCUUGCAGAAAAAGAAUCACCUGAUUGACAAGAUAAAUGAUGAAAUGAGAUGUUGUCACUGUGAGCUAACAUUGUACCAACUCGGCAGUGAAGUGAUCAUCAGACCUGCAGCCACCUUAGUCAGUCAAGGAAGACAAAGAAUCAAGACCUGGAAGAAAGAUGCUUCUACAGUAUUCUCUGGUAUCAGGUCUGAGUAUACAGUGACCUCAUUUAAAGUGGAUUCAACAGUAUGGGACAUCAUAAAAGACAAUUUAGAAGAUGAUAGGAUUUUGAUUGAGUUUGAUGCACUAACAGGGAUUGCAACCUUAGUGGGGAAAUCAGAGGAUGUACAAAACAUUGAGCCACAGAUCAAGGACUUAAUAGAAGGCACCAUUCAAGAAAUUAGAAGAGAAGAGCAAAGUCUGAAGCAAAAACUGGCCAUUUCUCCAGGAAGGUAUUCACUUCUGUUGCACAGCGGUGUACAGGAGCGUCUCCACACGGAGUGCCCAGAGGUGGAGAUUUCUUAUGAUGAAGCCUCUCAACACAUGUGCUUCAAAGGACUCCCUGCAGAUGUGUAUAAAGUAAAGUGUGAAAUCCAGGAAAAGGUAUACACCAUGGCUCAGAGAAACAUUCACGUUCCCCCGGAGGUUUUUCAGUUUCUGCAACAGGUUGACUGUGCAGAAUUCUCUAAGUCUCUCUUUAUAGCACAGAACAUUCUUGCAGUUUAUGAGCUAGAGGGCACAACUGUUCUCUUAACUGCUACUUUUUCUGAAGUCCUAUUAGAAGCUGAAAAGCAAAUGGUCAGUGCCUUAAAGUAUAAGUGCAUUGACAUUGAAGACAGGGAAGUUCUUAACAGUAAGAAAUGGAAAGGGCUCACUUGCAGUUUGCAUAAGAAACACAAUUCCUCCUCAAAGACUGUAAUAAUCCAUGAGGUAACUUCAGAAACCACAGCCCAGGUCAUCAUCGCAGGCUGUGUGAGAGAAGUAAAUGAAAUCUAUGACUUGCUUUUUGACUUCAUGGAAAAGCACACAAAAAUAGAGAAAUUGAUUGAAGUAAAGCCUUCCUUAGUUAUUGAUUACUUAAGGGCAGAAAAGCUAUUGUGGCAAAAGAUAAAGAAGAUGAAUGUUCAGGUAGUUUUUAAUCCUGAGAACAAGCAAAAAGGCAUUUUACUAACUGGCCCAAAGACCAAAGUCCUGGAGGGAAUGAACAUUGUCAUGCAAGCCUGGGAUUUGGUCUGUGUUAAAAGCUUCCAUAUUGAUAAGCCAGGAGCCAGUCAGUUCUUCCAGGAUAAAGCACGGUAUUAUAAAAGUGAGGUCAGAAGGUUAUUUGGUUGUUUUAUUGAACUACAGAAGGAUGAAGAAAAGGAGGGAGGCAGCACUGGUGGGCACAGGUGCUUGUUUCGGACAGAUUUAGCCCCUGGAGUCUCGCUGAUUGUGCAGCAAGGAGACUUGACACAGUUUCCCGUUGAGGUGGUGGUGAAUGCGGCCAAUGAGGAACUCAAGCUCACGGGGGGCUUGGCUGCUGCUCUUUUAAAAGUAGCUGGCCCUGAGCUCCAAGAAGACUGUGACCAGAUAAUGAAGACAAGAAAGGUCAGGCUCUUACCUGCCUCUGCCGUCAUCUCGAAAGCAGGAAAGCUCCCGUACCACCAUGUGAUCCACGCGGUAGGGCCCCCGUGGAAGAGCGAUGAGGCCCAGAAAUGUGUGUGGCAGUUAAAGACUGCUGUGAAAGAAAGUCUCCAUUUGGCUGUAAAACACAAGUACCGAUCCAUAGCCAUCCCUGCUAUUAGUUCCAGAGCCUUCGGCUUUCCCCUGCCCCAGUGUGUGCAGACCAUUAUUUUGGCGAUCAAGGAAUGGUUCCAGUGUAAACAGAAUGAAUGCAGCCUGAAAGAGAUUUACCUUGUGGAUAUAGCUGAGAAGACUGUUGAGGCCUUUGCUGAAAGUGCAAAAAUUAUAUUUAAAGACACCCUGCCUGAUGUUGCUUCCCUGCCCAGUUUACCAGCAGCAGUCCAGCCCAACUUGAGAAAAGAUCAUGGAAAAGGAGCCAGUCUGUUGUCCCCAGAAGGCCUGAGGAUGCUGUUGGUGAAAGGAGAUGUGCGGAGUGCUACAACCGAUGUGGUUGUCAACUCCGUUUCGUCGGAUCUUGAGCUCAGUAGAGGGCCCCUUUCCAAGGCCCUCUUGGAAGAAGCAGGACAAAAGCUCCAGGAGGAGCUGAAGACAGCUGGACAAGGGGUGGCUGUUGAGGUUGGCACAGUUAUCCAAACCAGUGGUUGCAAUCUGCACUGCCACCGUGUGCUUCACGUGGUGGCUCCGGACUGGACAAAUGACAGAACAUCUUCACGCAAGAUCAUGGAAAACAUAAUCAGAGAAUGUUUGGAAAUCACUGAGAGUUUGUCCUUAAACUCAAUUGCAUUUCCAGCAAUAGGAACAGGAAAUCUGGGGUUUCCUAAAAACAUUUUUGCUGAAUUAAUCACCUCAGAAGUGUUCAAAUUCAGCAGCAAGAAUCAACCCACAACUUUACAAGAGGUUUGCUUUCUGUUGCACCCAAGUGAUCAUGGAAAUAUUCAGGCAUUCUCAGAUGAAUUUGCCAGAAGGGCUAAUGGAAAUUUCAUCAGUGACAAAAUUCCCAAGGCUGAAGAUACACAAGGUUUAUACGGGACUAUUUCUAACCCUGAUUCAGGAGUGCAUGAAAUGAAGAUUGGGCCCAUCAUUUUCCAGAUAGCCUCUGGAGAUAUCACCAAAGAAGAGGCAGAUGUGAUUGUAAAUUCAACAUCAAAGUCAUUUAAUCUCAAAGCAGGGGUGUCCAAAGCAAUUUUAGAACAUGCCGGGAAAAGUGUGGAAAUGGAAUGUUCUCGUCAAGCUAAAAGGGGCCACAGAGGUUAUAUAAUUACCACAGGUGGAUUAUUGAAGUGCAAGAAUAUUAUUCACGUCAUUGGUGGAAAUGAUGUCAAGAGAUCGGUUUCCUGUGUUUUGCAAGAGUGUGAAAAGUGGAAUUAUUCGUCCGUUUGCCUCCCAGCCAUCGGGACAGGAAAUGCCAAACAAGACCCAGAUAAGGUUGCAGCAGCCAUAAUUGAUGCCAUUGAAGACUUUAUUCAGAAAGGAUUGGUCCAGUCUAUGAAAAAAGUUAAAGUUGUUAUCUUUCUGCCUCAAGUACUGGACGUGUUUUAUGCCAUCAUGAAAAAAAGAGAAGGAUCUCAGAUUUCUCCCCAGCAGUCUGUGAUGUCUAAAAUUGCAUCAUUCUUGGGCUUCUCAAGUAAAUCUCCCCCAAAACAGACUCCUUUGGUUUUAGAAAAGAAAACAGAAUCAGCAAUUUUUCAGGUGUGUGGUGAAAAUUUAAAAAGUGUAGAAAACGUCCUCUUCUGGAUACAGGAUCUCAUUCAAAAGGAACAGUGUCCCUACACCAGUGAAGAUGAAUGUAUCAAAAACUUUGAUGUAAAGGAAUAUCGGGAAUUGAAUGAGCUUCAGAAGAAGUUAAAUAUUUCCAUUUUAUUGGACUGUGAAAGACCUUUGAUUGAGGUUUCUGGAAUUACCAAAGAUGUGAUACAGGUUAGAAAUGCAGUUGAGGACAUGAUCAAGAGAGUUAGAUUGUCCAAAGAACAGGAAUCCCUGGCCGAUUGUACCAGUGAUUUUGUGGAAUGGCAAUAUGAGGAUGAUAACAAGUUUCAUAGUUUUGACAAAAUUACCAAUAUGCAACUGGAGGAUGCAAAGAAACAAAUGAGAAAUACAAUUGAUGUUAAAAUUAAUCAUCAGAGCUACACAGUGGACUUGAAAACAUACACUGCUACAGAUACAAAGGGAAAGAGUUUACCUGUUCGGCGCCAUACAAAAUCUGAAGUUGAGAUCCCCUUAUACUGGAGUGAUAUGAAGCAGCAGAAAGUCUGUGUGGUUGAGCUACAGCCUGAUAAUUCAGAAUACAAAACUGUGGCAAGCAAGUUUAAUGAGACCUGUGCAGACUUCAUCAUAGAGAAGAUUGAGAGGAUCCAGAAUCCAGAGCUCUGGAAACACUACCAGACAAAGAAAAACAACAUGGACGCCAAAAAUGGCCAAUUAAUAAAUGAGAAGCUGCUCUUCCAUGGGACAGAUGCUGACUCAGUGACACUUGUCAACGGAAAAGGCUUUAACCGCAGUUAUGCUGGAAAGAAUGCUACGGUAUAUGGAAAGGGAACCUAUUUUGCUGUCAGUGCCCGUUAUUCUGCCAGCGAUACAUACUCCAGACCGGACGUAAAUGGGAAGAAGCGUAUGUAUUAUGUGCGAGUACUCACUGGAUCCUACACAGUUGGAAACAGGUCAUUAAUUGUGCCUCCUCUAAAGGACCCCCAAAAUCCUACUGACUCGUAUGACACUGUCACAGAUUGUGUGCAAAAUCCAAAUUUAUUUGUGGUAUUUUAUGACUACCAGGCUUACCCAGAGUACCUCAUUACUUUUAGUAGAUGUUAACAUUUUGGUAUCCUUUGCAGAAGAUAUUAUUCAUCUAUACAUAGCUAACUAUAAAGCAAGCUGUAGUUUUUUUUUUCUCUUAACAGCUUUUUCUAAGAUCAGAGGACCCUUGUCACUGAAAUCAGACAUUCCCCAGCCUCUCUUUCAAACUGGAAUGAACCUAUCUUGAGAGCAAUAAAUUCGAGAAUUUAA